AUGGGGCCCAUAAGAAGGUUCAAAUCAAGGAGGAGGGCUGAGCAGCCUCAUACUCCUGCUUCCACCACCCUCGUUACUCCGUCGCUUCCUCCACCUCCGUUUUCCGAUUGGUGGAAUGAUUUCUCCCAAAGGUUUUACGGGAGUUCAUACGAAAUACCGGAUUCAGAAAGCUUUGAAUCCAUGUUCAAAAUGUCCAUGAAAACAUUUGAAUAUAUCUCUUCACUUGUGAAAGAAGAAAUGCUGGCGAAAGCUUCAGGCUUCAGUGACCUCAGUGGCGACCCGUUGAACCUAUAUGAUCUGGUUGCUGUUGCUCUAAGGCGGUUAGGGUCAGGUGAAUCUUUAUCGUUGGUCGGAGAGUCACUUAACCUGAACCAAACCACUGUUGCCCAGAUAACCAAAUUGUUCACAGAUGCCAUGGAAGUCCGAGCAGUCUGCCAUCUCCGUUGGCCAUCAACUGAAGCCGAGGUGGAGGAGGUAAAGGGCAAAAUGGAAACAAUCAGUGGCCUUCCAAACUGUUGUGGAGCCAUUGAGACCACACACAUCCUGAUGUGUCUCUCCAUUGCCGAUCGUUCAUCCAACGUAUGGCGUGACCGAGAAAACAACCAAUCCAUGACGUUACAAGCGAUCGUCGAUGCCGACCUGAGGUUCCGCGAUAUUGUCGCAGGGUGGCCCGGAAGUCUGACUGACGAAACCAUCCAUAAAAAAUCAACCUUUUUCAGGUUAUGCCAAGAAGGGAAGAAAUUUAACGGGAAGAAAAGAGAACUAUCUGAAGGAACCGAAAUAGAGGAGUUUAUCAUUGGAAACUCCGGCUUCCCAUUGCUGCCAUGGCUGAUAACUCCAUAUCAAGGCGACGAACUCAGCUAUUCUGAAGCAAAAUUCAACCGAAUGGUGACGAAAACACAAAAGGUGGCCCAGAAGGCUUUUGCAAAGCUGAAAGAGAAUUGGAAGAUCAUUCAAAAACUGAUGUGGAGGCCUGACAAAGAUCGAUUACCGAAGAUCAUUCUUACUUGUUGCGCGCUGCAUAAUAUACUUAUCGAUAUGAAAGAUGAAGUUCAAGAAGGGCUUGUUUUUUCUGAUCGGACUGGUUUGAAUUACCGGCCGGCGUUUUGUGCAGCUGGUGAUGAUCAUAAUGGUUCAGUUUUGAGGGAGAAGCUUUCUGUUUAUCUGUCAGGAGUUGAAGAAUGAAACAGUUGUGGUUGACAUGAAUU